UAACCAGGUCUAGGGUUUCCCACCCAGACAAAGCUGUGACGGCGGCGAGGACAAUCAAGGUUUUGCCGUGCCCGAUGGAGGGGGCGCUGAGGGGAUUCCUCCUCGGUAAGGGAGUGGACGAUGCGGAGGCCGACGGCGGGUGGAAGAAGUCGGAUAUGGUCCUCUUGGGGAAGGUGUCGACGGCAUUACAUUUGAAGAAGAUCGACGAGCUCGAAGAAGUCAAUCGGAAAAGGGCGAUGAUGAGCGCUAUCGAAGAUAGAGCGUUGGUGUUGGACGCUGAUGCGGAGCAAGCUAUUGAAUUUCGCAGGAGCUGGAUCGCUCAGUGGUCCGGCAACUACGGGUCAUUCGACGAUAUCACGCUAAUCGAUCCGAUGCGUUUUACAUAUGACCCUCCAAGCCCUGGUGCCAGGCCCUGCAAUACUCUAUUUUCUCAGUCUCGGUUGGAGCAAUAAGAGGUGACUUGCAUUGGCCGCUCGAUGUGUUUGGUAUGGUUGCUGUGAGGGACUCAGUUGAUCGAAAUCGCAACCUUCUCUUUUACCGUGCAAGGAACAACUACCAAACUCUUACUGAAAAGGAUCACUGUUUGUCACUGUCAGGUCCUAGCCGUGCUGUUGUGGUGUCAAACCCUGUGUCAGACCCAGUUAUGAUCGAGGUUGAGCUAAAAGUUAAGGGCAUUAAUGAAUCCAAGGAUAAAGACUUAAGCUUGCUCGCUGUGCUAUUAAAAUUCUCUGAUAAUGAGUGGGGUUCCUCAUGCCAGCACAUAAUUUAUAGUGUUUUCACUAGCAAGCUUAGCUCUCUACUGUUUACUUUUGGAGGUAUUGCUUUAUCAGUGGAGGCUACUAUAUUUAUCCGGGUGCUUGAUGGGUCUUGGCCACAUGGUUUUCAUGGUCAGUUUGCUGCUCAUACUUCCAGCAUUGAUCGUGAAAGAGUCAUCCUUCUUGAUUUUGGAGAUAACAAUGUUCCUGUUAAUGGUGAUGGUAUUAUGAAGCUUUCUCGUCAAGUUGUUUCCGUUGAAGUUAAUGGAAAGCUGAUUGUUUCAUUCAAAGCAUGGAAAGAUGAUGGGAAGGAAGUGGUAGGGAAGGCGACGUUAAAGCCUGCCAAAGCAGGUAGAAGCUAUCGCAAUCUUGGCUUUGGAUCCUGCAUCAUUGAAAUCCUUGUUGCUUGGUCACUCAUUUCACCUGACCCGGAACCCGACUAUUGAUGUGAUGCCUCGCUAUCAUGCUAUUCAGAACCUGUACUGUAGAUUUGGCAUUUUGUAGUAAGUAAUUUAUGAUGCUGGGAUAUGUUCGUAUUUGCUGCCUCCCUGGAGAAAGCUACCGUUUGCCCAAGUAUUAUUAU